CUGGGCCUGUCAGAGUGGUAACCAGCAUAUAGACUCGGCACAUGUAUAAUUCAGCAUAUAAUUUAGCAUAUAACAAUACUUUUCACCCACCGCAAUCCAACUUACUCUUCUAGCAUGGCGGUAACUACACUAGCCAAGGCAUCGCGAGUGACAAUAUCAUGAGUUUACGAGAACUCAUAGCUUGAGACAAUAUGUUCCACUCGAUCUUCUUGCUGUCAACUCUCUUCGCCGCCGCCCUCGCGGCAGGCAUUCCUUCUCCACUAAUACAAAGGCAAGAUGCCUGCGCCGGCGACAAGUCCACCACGGGAUACUGCAACACCUUGUCAUACACAGACAGAACCGGCACCUCAUCAACAUCAGCGCCGUCCUCUUCAGACUGCCAACAAACUUGCCGAGGCGUAUUAGGGGAUGCUGGCGACUGGGGCGUGGACUUCACAGAUAGGCCGGCGGGCUAUCGUGACAACCUCUACCUAGGUCCUUGCGAGUUUGGCAUCUCACGAGAAACAGACGGGGAUAACGCAGGGUUCGAGUUUUCAAUGCAUAACCAGGAUAUUGUGGAUGUCAUCGACGAGGUCAUCAAGAGGUAUGCGGGCCAACACGAUGGAAAGAUGCAGGCGGAGGGCACGAUGGAGUGUUCGGGCCAUGUGGUUCGCUGGUAUGUUGGUUAGGUGGUCAAGAGCUGGAGGUCAUAGUCAAAUGGACAUGAGUAAUGACAAAAGACAUAAUUCGUCCGAUGAUGUUUUUUUUGGCGGCGGGGACCUUUGACGAGUUGGUGCCGGCUGGAGGAAGAGUCUAUUUUAUGACGUAUAAAGAAGAUAUGGCCGCUAGGCCGGGGGCGUUCAUAGAUCCCGUGGGAGUGAAUUCAAUGGGACGUGGAAGUUGUUGGUUAGCACACAGACUGAGUCUUGGUCUUAUUAUCUUCAUAUUGAGUAUCACGAUAAUAAUGCAACUUUUUUUAUAAAUACCCUAAUAAACCCUAGUUAUGGUCCUAUGGGUGUGUUUACGUAGCAAAUUAGUUGUACAAGAAACUAACAUUCAAA